CCCUCCUUUUUUUUAAAAAAAACAAAAAAAAAUUAUUUAUUCACGCUACGUAGUAUAUAUGCUCUGUUGAUCUAAGGCCCUAAGAUCUGCUACCAUUGCUUUCCAACCUCUUCUUCACACUCUCAAGAUCCAGUUCGACUUGUUAUAUAACCAUGGCGAGAAAGAUGCUUAUUGAUGGCGAGCUGAGCCAGGCUAAUGCGGAGGAAGCCCACUAUGACUUUGAUUUGUUUGUCAUUGGAGCUGGAAGUGGCGGUGUUCGUGCGGCCAGAUUUUCUGCUAAUUAUGGAGCCAAGGUUGGGAUUUGUGAGCUUCCAUUUAAUCCAAUCAGCUCAGAGGUUAUUGGAGGAAUUGGUGGAACGUGCGUCAUUCGUGGUUGUGUUCCCAAAAAGAUUUUGGUGUAUGGAGCUACUUAUGGUGGUGAACUUGAGGAUGCCCGGAAUUUCGGGUGGGAACUGAAUGAGAAAAUUGACUUCAACUGGAAGAAACUUUUGCAUAAUAAGACAGAAGAAAUAGUCAGAUUAAAUGGCAUUUACAAGCGAUUAUUGACAAAUGCUGGGGUUAAAACAUUUGAAGGAGAGGGCAAGGUUGUUGGUCCUAAUGAAGUUGAGGUGACACAACUAGAUGGCACUAAAUUGAGCUUCACAGCUAAGCAUAUAUUGAUUGCAACUGGCAGUAGGGCUCAUCGGCCCUCUAUUCCUGGCCAGGAGUUGGCUAUAACAUCUGAUGAGGCAUUAAGUUUGGAGGAGUUACCUAAGCAUGCUGUGAUACUGGGGGCAGGGUACAUUGCUGUUGAAUUCGCUUCAAUAUGGAAGGGGAUGGGUUUGAAUGUGGAUCUAUGUUUCAGAAAGGAACUUCCCUUAAGAGGUUUUGAUGAUGAGAUGAGGGCAGUGGUUGCGAGAAAUCUCGAAGGCAGGGGAAUUAAUUUGCAUCCAAGGACUAAUUUGACACAGUUAAUUAAAACGGAGAAUGGCAUAAAAGCUAUCACAGAUCAAGGGGAAGAGUUGACUACAGAUGUUGUACUGUUGGCCACUGGUCGGGCUCCAAAUACAAAGAGGUUGAAUUUGGAAGCUGUAGGUGUGAAACUUGACGAGACAGGAGCUGUGAAGGUUGACGAGUACUCACGCACCAAUAUACCUAGCAUAUGGGCCGUGGGUGAUGUUACGAAUAGAAUGAAUCUUACCCCUGUGGCCUUAAUGGAGGCAACAUGCUUUGCAAAAACUGUUUUUGGCGGGCAAUCUACGAAACCAGACUACAAAGAUGUACCUGUUGCUGUGUUCAGCAUUCCACCCCUUUCUGUAGUGGGCCUCAGUGAAGAGCAGGCAGUUGAUGAAGCAAACGGUGAUAUCUCAGUUUUCACAUCAACCUUCAAUCCGAUGAAGAACACUAUAUCUGGACGACAAGAAAAGACAUUUAUGAAGCUAGUUGUUGAGGCUGAGACGGAUAAAGUUAUUGGAGCAUCCAUGUGCGGGCCGGAUGCACCUGAGAUUAUACAGGGCAUUGCUGUUGCAGUGAAGUGUGGAGCAACAAAGGAACAAUUUGACAGCACGGUGGGAAUACACCCUUCUGCAGCGGAGGAAUUUGUGACCAUGCGAUCAGUGACAAGGCGUAUUCCCGCUGGUAGCAAACCAAAGACUAAUAAUAAUCCCUGAAGAUACAGAUAUUAUGGAGAAAGAGAAGAAUGCUAUGACACGCAGUUGAAAGAGGAAUUCUGGUGAUCGUGCAGUAAUAAAAGUUUCAUUCUUCAUCGGAUGUAAGUAUUAUGUCUUUUUGGUAUCGCUAAAAGAAAAAAUUAAAUAAAAUUAAAAUUGCAUGUCUUUUUUGGUACCGUAAUAUAUGGCAGUAAUCAGUUAAGAUAGUUUAAUGCAGAAAACAUCUGGAUUUGGAUGGGGGAUGACAGUGAUGUAGUUUUUGGACUCCCUAGUUCACUCUCUGUUUCUUCGUAACUGAUUCUCAUUUAUUUUUGUCCAAGUGUACGGCACCAAUAGGAAAUUCAGAAACAAGAAAAAUAAAUAAAUGCAAUACUCUCUUUUUCCUUGU